ACUGGCCUUCCUCCAUCAGUCCAUCUGGAUUCUGAAAACUCUAGAAUCCAACUCUGUCCUGGCAGUUUUCCCACAUGACAAGAUGCCAACAAUUAGCCUUGCCUUGCCCUCCUGCAGAUCUAUAACCUUCCCGCUAGCCUCUUCUUGACCCUCCUCCCUCUCGCACGCAUCCUGCCAAUUAGCCAGCGUUGCCUUGGCGGCCUCUGCCUCUCUUCCGCUUCCACACACCACUGACUGACCCAACACACGUACAAGUAGAUUAGCUAUAGGCAUUGGCAACUUCACAAGCAGCACAGAUCAGCAAGUACUGUGUCAGUCAGCCACUAGCUAGCUAAUGACCGAAAUUCUCCUUCUCCUGCUGCUCCUGGCAUUGCCGCCGCCGGCAGCCGUGGCGCUCACCGCCGAGGGCCUGGCGCUGCUGGCGUUCAAGGCGGCGGCGACCGACGACCCGUACUCAGCCCUCUCGCGGUGGUCCGAGUCCGACCCGGACCCGUGCGGGUGGCCGGGCGUCAGGUGCGCCAACGCCUCGUCGUCCUCCUCCUCCUCGGCCCCGCGCGUCGUCGUCAGCGUGGCCGUGGCGGGCAAGAACAUCUCCGGGUACAUCCCGUCCGAGCUGGGCUCCCUGCUCUUCCUCCGCCGCCUCAACCUCCACGGCAACCGGCUGUCGGGCGGCAUCCCGGCCGCGCUCUCCAACGCCUCGUCGCUCCACUCGCUCUACCUCUACGGGAACCGCCUGACGGGGGCCCUCCCCGCCGCCGCGCUCUGCGACCUGCCGCGCCUCCAGAACCUGGACGUCUCCGGGAACGCGCUCUCGGGCGAGGUGCCGCUGGACCUCCGCGGCUGCCGCAGCCUGCAGCGGCUCGUGCUCGCCCGGAACGCCUUCUCCGGGGAGCUCCCCGCGGGGGUGUGGCCCGAGAUGCCUAGCCUGCAGCAGCUCGACCUCUCCUCCAACGCCUUCAACGGCUCGCUCCCGCCCGACCUCGGCGAGCUGCCCCGGCUCGCCGGCACGCUCAACCUCUCCCACAACCGCUUCUCGGGCGUCGUGCCGCCCGAGCUGGGCCGCCUCCCGGCCACCGUCACGCUGGACCUCCGCUUCAACAACCUCUCCGGGGCCAUCCCGCAGACGGGCUCCCUCGCCAGCCAGGGCCCCACGGCGUUCCUCAACAACCCGGGGCUCUGCGGGUACCCGCUCCAGGUGCCCUGCCGCGCCGUCCCGCCGCCCACGCAGUCGCCGACGCCGCCGGGCACGACGACCCCGCUGCCCUCCUCCACCGCGUCCGCUUCCGACCGGGGGCACCAGCAGCCCAUCAGGACGGGCUUGAUCGCGCUCAUCUCCGUCGCGGACGCCGCCGGGGUGGCACUCGUCGGCAUCAUCCUCGUGUACGUGUACUGGAAGGUCAAGGACCGGAAAGAGCACCACCGCGGGUGCUACCGCGACGACGACGACGACGGCGACGGCGGCGACAGCAGCAAGACCGGGCUCUGCCGCUGCAUGCUGUGGCGGCACGGCGGCAGCGACAACUCGUCCGACGCGUCCUCGGGCGACGACGGCGACGGCGAAGCAGGCAAGUACAGCAGCGGCGGCGUCGGCGGCGAGGGGGAGCUGGUGGCGAUCGACCGCGGGUUCCGCGUGGAGCUGGACGAGCUGCUGCGGUCGUCGGCCUACGUGCUGGGCAAGGGCGGCAAGGGGAUCGUGUACAAGGUGGUGGUGGCGAACGGGACGACGCCCGUGGCCGUGCGGCGGCUGGGCGGCGGCGGCGGGGGCGCGGACCGGUGCAAGGAGUUCGCGGCGGAGGCGCGCGCCGUGGGACGGGUGCGCCACCCCAACGUCGUGCGCCUGCGCGCCUACUACUGGUCCGCCGACGAGAAGCUCGUCGUCACCGACUUCGUUGGCAACGGCAACCUCGCCACCGCGCUGCGUGGUCGGCCCGGUCAAACUGCCCUGUCGUGGUCAGCGCGGCUGAAGAUCGCAAGGGGCGCGGCGCGCGGGCUGGCGUACCUCCACGAGUGCAGCCCGCGGCGGUUCGUCCACGGCGAGGUGAAGCCGUCCAACAUCCUGCUCGACGCCGACUUCACCCCGCGCGUCGCCGACUUCGGCCUGGCCCGCCUGCUCGCCGUGGCCGGCUGCGCCCCCGACGGGCCGCCCUCCUCGGGUGGCGGCGCCGGCGGGCUCCUCGGCGGCGCCAUCCCGUACGUCAAGCCACCAGCGACCGCGCCGGGCGCGGGUCCAGACCGUUUUGCCGGCGGCGGGUACCGCGCGCCGGAAGCGCGGGCGGCGGCCGGUGCGAGUGCGAAGCCGACGCAGAAGUGGGACGUGUUCUCGUUCGGGGUGGUGCUGCUGGAGCUGCUGACGGGGCGAGGACCGGCGGCCGACCACGCGUCGCCGUCGACGUCGGCGUCGUUCUCGGCGCCCGUGUCCGGGUCGACGGCGACGGACCGGUCCGGGAGCGGGGAGCACGGCGGCGGCGCGGUGCCGGAGGUGGUGCGGUGGGUGCGCCGCGGCUUCGAGGAGGACGCGCGGCCCGUGGCGGAGAUGGUGGACCCGGCGCUGCUCCGGGGCCCCGCGCUGCCCAAGAAGGAGGUGGUGGCGGCGUUCCACGUCGCGCUCGCGUGCACGGAGGUCGACCCGGAGCUCCGGCCGCGGAUGAAGGCCGUCGCUGACAGCCUCGACAAGAUCGGAUCAUGAGUACAGUGAUGGCCGUUGCCGGCGGCCACGGAUGAGGCUAGCACAAUGCUCACCCAAGGUCAUUUAUAUUUUUAUUAAUUUUUUUUCCAUCUCCUCCCCUAUUUUCUCUUUCUCUUGUAAUUCAGUUUUUUUUCUUUGCUGUGCUCUCUUGCAAUUGGCUGUUUGUAAUUUUUGGUUAUUCUUUUGGGUGCAAUUCUCAUGAUUUUCGUAAUGGUAUAUAGAGAGAGAUAUGUAGGAGAAACGGUAUUUCCAGCUUAUUUUUUCAAGUAGAUAGUGAGGAUGUGUAUCUUGUGAAGAUUCAGAACAAGUGCUACUUUGUGGUGUCUGGUAAUUAACUAGAGGGGAACGUGUAGAGCGAUGGAAUUUA